AUGGAGCUGGAGGAGUUAUGGAAAAGCUUCUCAUUAUCGGACCAAGAGAGAGCCGAGGUGGAGAUUCCACAGGAGGAAGUGGCUAGAGAAGUGGGUAAAGGGAAGCUAUGUAUCAUGGUACUAGUCAUUUAUGAGAGAAUGGUAAACAAAGAAGCAUUCCGAUUUACAAUGGCGAAAGUAUGGAGCACAGUGGGUUGGGUACAGUUCAAAGAGAUGGGGCAUAAUAAGUUCCUAGUAGAAUUCCAGCUCCAACAAGACAAACAGAAGGUUCUUCAGGGUAGACCUUGGACCUUUGAUAGGUUCUUGGUAUGCAUGGAGGAUCUCGAGGGAACUCUAGUGCAAGAAGGUCCUUCAUUCUCUUAUGAGGUUUUCUGGAUACAAAUACAUAACAUGCCGUUGGUGAGUAUGACCCAUGAGAUAGGACAAAAACUGGGGUCUGGAGUAGGGAGUGUCAUUGAGGUGGAUUAUGAUGGAUCUAGUAAUGCAUGGGGCCCUUUUUUACGUAUGAAAGUGAAGAUCGACAUCACGAGGCCUUUGUGCAGAGGGAGGCUGCUGAAGCUGGAUGAUAAACAGGUAUGGUUGCCCUUCAAAUAUGAACGCCUCCCAUCCUUUUGUUUCCAGUGCGGCACCAUUAAACACAAGGAAGGAGGAUGCUCAAAAGGAUCUAGAGGAAUAUAUGGAAAGACAAGCUGUGAUUUUGGCCCAUGGCUUCGUGCAAACCCCCCAAAGGCUGGGAGCACAUCCACAAAACGAUACGAAGGAGGUGGCCGGAGUUUUGAGCACCAGGAAGGGCAGCAGGAUAAGCCAGAGGAGGAUGGCCAACCUGUCAACGAAAAACAAGUCCCUAAGUUUCAGGAUACUGCUGCAGACACCCAUACUGCUGCUAUCCCCAAAAAGGAGGCCCAACAGAAGGGGUUAGUUGACCUACUGAAAGUGGAAAGUCUAAAGGAAGGACUUACUGACACCACCUCGAUAUCGGUUGACAAGAGCUGUGAGUCUUCGAAGGUACAUGUAGAAGCAGUGAUGGUUCAGGCCAGUCACACAGAAGUUUUGUCCAAAGCUACUAAGGGUCCCUCUUUAGCCUCUCAGGAUAAUCCUAAAAAGGGCCACCCUUUAACCCCUCUGAAGAGGGACUCUGUCACUGAUCUAGAAGAGGAAAGGCCUCCUGGAAUUAGUAAAAAAAAAAAGAACAACCUUCCUUGGGAGAAUGAAACAAACGAUGACAUGCUGGUGGUGGCUGCUAGGCAGCACCACCAAGGCCCAUGA